AUGUCCUGCCCACCGCAAACACCGCAGCCUGAGGACUCCGACAGUGACUACGGAUCUGACUUCACGCCCGACGAAGAGGUCCUUCUAAACCAGUUGCUCACCCAAGCUGCCUCGGAGCGCGCGCCCGCCGAAACCGACGCCACUCCAACUUCACUUUUUACUACGCCUAGGCAAACUCCCGACCCCACGAUUGCGACAAGCGCGAACAAUCACAUCGAGCCGGCUCAUUUGGCAUACCUACAGCCUCCGGUUAUUGCGACGCUGGUCACGGAUAUUGAAGAUGGCAUUGCGGAGUUCCCGGUUGCCCGGGCUAAGGUGCUGGGCAGGGAAAAACCUCGUUCAUUCUGGACAUCGAAUAAGCGGCUUUGGGAGGGUACAGAUACACGCGAUGAGAUGGAGGAUAGAGCAAGUCAGGACGCAGACAACAGGGCCAAUACGCUUGUGGAGCACUCUAGUUCAACGGAAGGCAGAGAGCGAGAGCGAGAACGAGUUUCUGUGCGCGAACAAGAAUGGAUCAAGCAUGAGCAGUUAGCGCCGACACUUGAUACUAGGUCCCCCGUGGAGCGGUUUCGAAGGCCUCCUAACAAAGCUUUCUCGGUCACUGAUUUGGUUUCGCCGGCUUGGUGCGAGCUGCAAUAUUGGUAUACAUUGACGAAACAUGGGAGGAAGAAGAGGACUGCGGCCAUGAAGAAGGGGAGUGUGGUGCAUAAGACGCUUGAGGAUGAGAUUUAUACUACUGUCCCUGUGGAUAUCACUACGAAGGAGGAUGCAUGGGCUCUUCGUAUAUGGAAUGUGAUACAGGGACUGCGGAUGCUGCGACAGUAUGGCACCACACGCGAGCUUGAGAUUUGGGGCCUUGUCGACGGGGAGCUGGUUAUUGGUGUUAUCGAUCAGCUAUCCUACGAAUGCCCGGACUCUGAGCUUGAAGCUACGGCUGCUAACUUCUAUGAAGACGUGGAGGCAUCAAAGGCUGCUUUACCUGAGCAUCAUAUGUCUUUGUCUGAUUUCUUGCUGUCUUCCUCCCAAGGUGGACGAAGACUCGAAGAUCUCGGCCAGACAGAACAGAUGCAUAACGAACAAGCACCCGUUCAAGCAGUCUCGCCAGCUGUUUAUGACCUUGCUCGGGUAUACCUUACGGAUGUAAAGACCAGAGCGAGUCGCUCUAUUCCCACAGUCAAGAGCACAUCCUUCCGACCUACUUCCCUUCAAUUGCAACUUUAUUACCACAUGCUUAAUCGCAUGAUAACGAGUGACGACGUGACGAUGGAAUUACUUGCGGCUCGGUAUGACCUUGACCCCGAACGCCCGUUCACAGAGGCCUUUGUCUCUGGAGUUGGAGGCUUAAACGACGAAUUCUUCGAUACGCUCUCUUCUCAAGAGUUUGACCUCAACGAUCCUCCUACACCGGAGGAUGUACGAAAGAUCUCCAAUAGCUCUGGUUCUGCGUCAUCUAGCCCGGUGCCCGCCAGUCAGGACUCCACGAGUAUCCUUAUGACGCACGGCAAUCUGUUUAAACUCUGGAUUUAUAUGAAAGAGCAGCUCCGUGUCACCUUUAUCCCAUCCAUCCCUGAGACGGAGUCAAUUGCACCCUCUAUCCCGUCACAUAACCAGCCGGCUACCCUUGAGGAGUAUCCAACCCUCAUAUCCCCCGUGCUUACGGCGCGAUUCUUAUCCUCAGCUCCUACGGAUGAUCUGAAGCCCAAACUUCUGGGAAGCCGGUCCUUCCUCUUUGAUCCUAAUGAUAUGUCAUCCUACAUCACAACGCAGAUGGAGUGGUGGCGAGGACAGCGUGAUCCCAUUGGAGUCAAUAUCUCGGAUGCCUGGAAAUGCCGGAUUUGUGAUUUUCGCGACGAGUGUACCUGGCGCGCGGAACAGGAAUGGGCUUUUGCUAGACGAAACCAAGGCCGAAGAGCCGGUGCCUCGACGGGGACAUAG